GUUGUUGAGCGGGCUGUUGUCAUGUCCCCGCAGUGCCUGUAGUGGUGCUGUGAGGAGUCUGCUGUGGAUCCAACAAAUGUCCCCAGCAGCCAACCUACUGCUUGUAAUUUGCUCUGGAUAGCGUUUAUUUACAUUCGUCCUUAUUUCAAGAGAAUCCGAACUCGAUGAAGACCACCGUUACCCUCCUGGCUGGAAUAUCGAUGCUCAAAUAGCCUAGCUGAUUCUAAUAGACAUUUUCGGCCGUCUAAUCUGGAGCGAUUACCGUGCGCAGCCCCAACCCGUUCAAGCUGAUGUCAAGAACAAGAGUCACGUAAUGUAUGAAGGCAAACACAUACACUUCUCAGAGGUGGACAAUAAGCCGCUGUGCUCGUAUAGUCCGAAGCUGUGCAAGCAGCGCAGACUAAAUGGCUAUGCAUUCUGCAUUCGGCAYGUUCUGGAGGAUAAGACGGCUCCCUUCAAGCAAUGUGAAUAUGUGGCAAAGUACAACAGCCAGCGAUGUACCAACCCCAUACCCAAAUCUGAGGACCGCAGAUAUUGCAACAGCCAUCUGCAGGUUCUCGGAUUUAUACCUAAGAAGGAACGCAAGAAGAAACACGACGCUUUGGAAGAAAUGCGACCGCGAGCGCACCUGGAGUCAGUAGCUCUCAAUAUAACUGUGCCCUCUUUAGCCUUGAGAGCUCCCAAUGGAAUAGAUGAACUACCACCAUCUCCUCCCUGUACACGUCUGUUACCCCUCCCCGACGUGGAACUCCUGGACCCCUUUGCCUUUUAUGAGGAUGACACAGAUGGGGAAGAGAUGGGCGCUCCUCGGAAGGGCAAUAACAUCAAGAAGAAACUACAGAAUCGGCUGGUGCUCAACCAAAAACUCUGCCGCGACACAGAACUCUUCCAGCCAACUCCUGAGCACUUUACAGCCUCCCCCGUUUCCCGUGUCCACGCAUCGUCGUCACCGCUCAACACUCACCUACCGCGGCAGACAUCAGGUCUUCUCCAGCAGUCUCAACACUCCAGCGGGACUUCUUUCCCUUUCCCAGGACAGCAGCAGGGUUUAUUAUGCAAUCCACCACCACCUCAGACGGUCAACUUUCUGCCUCCAGGAAUGCCUGCCAACGCAGCGCCCAGUCCAGGGCAACAUUCUGGACCAUCACUCAGCAGGAAAAUGCCUUUUACCGCUACUGAACUGCCUGUCAAAUGCAAGGAUGGUGGCAGUAACAAUCAGCAGCGUGUGGUCGUCAUGCGUCCCACGGCCUUCUCACCUUCUGCCAACUGCCUUGCCAGGUUGCAACACCUGGUGCAGCUCUGUGCCAAGAGACACCGAGAGCAUGGAGACCUCUUUCCUCAUCUAGGUUUGGAUUGGUCAGAAGACAGUGCUGACGGUGACGAUGAAGAAGAGCGGGCAGAGAGAUUUUCUCCUUUUCAGAGUUCAUGGAGACCAGCGAAUGGCUUGGAAGACGACCGUGGUUCCUCGCGGCGAUCGCGGCUACUGAGGCUCUGCUCGUACCUUCAGGAAAAAUACAAGCACAUGUGCAGACAGGAGAGGGCGAGUAUCCGCCAGAAGAGAUACCGUUAUGCCUUCCGCAAAGCCUUGCUGCACGCUGCCGGCAACAACCCAGACUGUGCAGGGCAGCUGAUCCAGGAGCUAAGUGGUGCCUCAUGUCCGACUCCAGCAAGGCCGCAGAGCACAGAUCCACUGACCUGCACUGGCAGCACAAAGGGUCAGCUUUGCAACAACAAAGCUCUGCCCUUCACUAAACACUGCUUUCAGCACAUCCUGUUGAACCGUUCACAGCAGCUCUUUGCUAGUUGCACAGCCAAAUUUGCAGAUGGUCAACAGUGCUCUGUCCCUGUGUUUGAUAUUACGCACCAGACUCCCCUCUGUGAAGAGCAUGCCAAAAAGAUGGACAAUUUUCUGCGUGGGGAUGGAAACCGACGCGUGCAGCACCACCACCACCACCAGCAGCAGCAGAGAAAGCCACGUAAAAAGACCAAACCACCGGCACUCACCAAAAAACACAAGAAGAAAAGGAGGAGAGGGCCACGAAGGCCACAGAAACCCAUCCCACCAGCGCUGCCGCAGGGGAACCUGGGAAUGCCUUCAACAAACCUCGUCAUGCCCUCACAGGCCCACAUCAGGAGCCCUUCAACGCCCGACCUGAGUGCCGAGGAGCUUCCUGAUGACAUCACCAACGACAUGGCAGACAUUCCAAACGACCUCGAACUGAACCAGGAGGAUUUCUCUGACGUGCUGCCAAGACUACCUGAUGAUCUGCAGGACUUUGACUUAUUUGAAGGUAAGAACGGAGAGCUGCUGCCCACCACCGAAGAGGCCGAAGAGCUGGUGCGUGCACUGCAAGCGAUGGGGUCCUACCCAGACUCGUUGGUGUGUCUGACGUCUAUAGGGGACUUGGCCACCGUUGAAGGAGUGGACCACCGAGCCAUGACUGCUUUUCCUGGACCGGUCCAAACAGGCAGCAUGGGGGACCUGCUCAACAGCCGCAUCCAUACAGAGAACUUCACCAGCCUGGAGCUGGAGGAAAAUCUGCUGCAGUCCACCGGGGAUCACUUCUCCCCAUCGCCGCCAUCUCAACCACCUAACCAGCCCCCAUCGUCGUGCACUAACCUGACCUCUCCUUCUGUAGCGGCCACCACCAGCAUCUCCCUGCUCGCUCAGAGCUCCAUAACAGAGCGGAGCUUCUCUCGGACACACACGGCCCUCGUCAUGGCGAAGUCGGACGUGCCCGCCUCGUCUCCCAAAGGCAGCCACUACAGCAGUGAGCAUGUGCCAUCUCCUUACAGCGACCACAUAUCCUCCCCCCACGCCACGCCCUUCCAGACAGACACCCCUCUCCUGCUGGAAGCCCCUCUCAGCAGGAUCCCGAUGCCCCCACGCUCAACAUGGAACAACCUCCCCCUCGCCCUCACCGAUCCCUCGCACUUUGGCAACCUCAUAAGGUCCGAGAAUCACCUCGUUUCCACCUCCCUGUCCACGCCGCCCUCCACCACUCACUCUGUGACGCUGCAGCCCGCGGCGGCGCUCUCGGCGAUGCCGCAGAGCGCCAUGACGGGUUUAACGAGCCCCCCCGUCCCCUCGUCUUCGCUCUCGUCCUCCACACACGACCUGCUGGCCUCCGCGCAGCCCAAACAGCAGCUGCCUCAGUUCAGCGCGGCCUUCGGCCAUCAACUGGCCUCCCAAAGCGGCAUCCCGAAAGACGUGCAGCCCAGCCACAGUUCCACAGCGCCCCCCGCUGGCUUCUCUUUAGUUAGUGCCACCGCUGCAAGUGCCAACAACGUCACACCACCCUUCACGCAAAGUAAAUGAGAUCAGGUUGGGUGCAGCGGCUGCGCGACUGUCUGUGGGCUCACAGUCACUUACAGUCCAGAGGACGGGCUUCACCCUCUGCUUCUGCUUCAUCUGUGCAAUGUGGUUAUAGUGCACUAUUUAAUUAUGAAUUUGCACAAAGUCAGAUUAAUAUUUUCCAUUUUUCCCUCCCACUUUCAUAGCCAGAUAGUGUCUGAGAUUUUAAGUAAUUGUGAGUCCACUUGUUUAAUGCCCUGUGGUUUUGUUAGCAGGGGUUCAUACUCAGAUUAUUUGCUAAAGAAUUAAAAAAAAAAAAAAACGGGUGAAGGACCUUAAUAGAGAUUAUUUAACAGUACUCAGAAUUCAUAGAAGCCUCGUCUGGCAAUCAGUUUUGUUUGCCGUUUUAAAGUGAUAGCUUAAAACGUUUGAAGUGGGUUUUUGUGAACAAGUAAUGUCUGACCUGUUGUAGAUGGCUCUUUAAAGAAACAGUUUAAUUCUGGUUCGAUUUAGGAGGUAAUGGCUCAACUGACUGGAUCUCUGCUGUAUUAAAACAGUUCUUACAAACAUAAUUAAUACACCUUAAUGUCACAGUCAGUUUCAUAUUAUGCAGUUAUUCCUUAAGAAAUGUUAUGAAGUUACCCCUGAAAGUUCUCCAAACUGUACAGGAAGUGCUACAGUUAGCUGUGCUUGCAAACGGCUAAUAAAUCAUGUGUUACAUGAAACUGACAAUGUAAAAGUUCACAAAUUAGUGUUUGCGUAGGCCAUUAUAGAAAUGUAGAGAUUGGAGUUUUAAAUGGCAGCCAUGUUCCCAUUAGAACAGUUUUUCUAAACUGUGGUCACUCUAAGAGCUAUCUGCAACAGGUAAGAUAGCAACCAUUCGUAACAUUCUCCAAAACCCCACUUCAAAAGACCUGAGCUGUCACUUUCAGCCCUGUCCUAAAACGAUCACUUUGUACCCUGCCUUCCUCAGCUAACCAUUAAAUCGUUUCCCUUGUUUUAUACACUGCGAAAAAAAGAGUGCACAUUGUGAUGUUUGUGUAACCCAUUAUGUUUCACGCUAUUUAACGUCAUAUUGAAUCAGAUUUCACAGUCGUAUAAAUUUACCAAAAAAAAACAAAACAUUUUAAACAGCUGUUUUUAUAUCGUGUAUAUUGUGUAUGUGCUCAUUUUAUUCAUUUGCUCGGACGUCAAAAUCUCUGACCUCAGCGUUGGUCGUGGCACUCUGAGUGGCUCACUUGGAAGGUUAAUAAAACAAACUAGUUUCUUAAAGCAAUAAAUACAUUAUUCUCA